CAAACUACUAACAUCCGUCUCCGCCUCAUUAUGUCUCAGCGCAGUGUGAGUGCAGUCGGAUUGCUUUAGCACUUAUCUUGUCUUUACUUUAAUCUCUUUUUCGCAUAUUUCCUUAAUGUCGCGGCGGUUUUCAUCAAGGUCAGGGAGAAGAAAAGAGGAAAAGACACAAGAGGUAUUGUUUUGUUUUUGGAGUAUCUGCCCGCAGCCACUUUCACAGUUGAAACCAGAGCUUCAUUCAUCUCUAAAUGUUUGAAAGCUUUAAGGAGCUCAGUUCAGCUUUAGUCGACUGGUUAAAGUUCUGAUACUGAACGAGUUCGGAUUGGAUUAAGGAGGACAUCGCUCUGCUCAGUGCUCAUUUUGACACUGCAUCUGCUGUUCAAAGGACAGGAUUUAUGGGGCAACCAAACAGUCAUCAUGGUCUCUAUAAUCAGGGAGCUACAUGUUACCUCAACAGUAUCCUGCAGGUUCUCUACAUGACACCAGAGUUCAACAGCAGGUUGAAGAAAAAAUCACCAGCUGAUCGUGAGCUGAGAAAAAUCUUUGAAGGCCUGAAGGAAAAGACUUAUCGAAUAGAAAACAUCACAGGGCUUCUGGAGAUGACAGAAGAUGUUUAUCAGCAGCGUGAUGCAGCUGAAUGCCUGGAGAUGAUUUUACGUAAAGUCAGCCCAAAGGCCUCUGAGGUUUUUGAAGGAAGGCUGAGAUGCACAACAAAAUGCUCCCAAGGUCACAUCAUCAUUGAAGAGACGAAUCCAUUCAGGACUCUUUCACUGUCACUGAAUGACACACAAGACAAAACCUACGACGUGGAAAGUAGCUUUCAAGACUUGAAAGGAAACAAUGUGUACUGCAAAGAAUGUCAAAAGAAAACCGAUGCAACAAAAGAAUGUGAGAUGGUGGAAGAUCCUCAGAUUUUGGCUUUACUCCUCAAGAGAUUUGACAUUGACUACAACACCAUGUCAUAUGUCAAAUCAGACUGCAAGGUGAAUGUACCACACACAUUAAAGACGAAGAACAAGAGAUACAGUCUGUAUGGGAUGGUGAAUCACAUGGGCAGUCUCAGUGGUGGACAUUACACAGCCACCAUCCUGUCUGAUGAGGACCAAACCUGGUAUGAGUUUGAUGACGAUCGAGUCAGAGAGGUUAAAAAACCACCACACAGCUCCCAGACUGCAUAUCUUCUCGUGUACAGAGAGGGUCAGAUGUCCUCUCAGACCAAGUCAAAGACAAGAGAUGUGAUUAUUCCUUUGGAGCCGACCAGAGAGCAUCCAGAGUUAUUACUAACAGCUAUAAUUGCUGUUCUUGUUCUUUUUUAUGUUUUUCUCCCUAUUAUUUUAGGAGGUGUUUAAUAAAACCCUUAGUCUUCCUCCAGACUUGUUUUAAAGUAUGUGAAAAUAUUCUGCUAUGCUUAAUAUUUCAUGGUUUUCCCACAUCAAAAUAAAUUCUGGAUCUGGCCCAGUGUUAACUGUUGUAAAACAAACAAUAUCUGCUAUGAUGUUAAAUGUGUUUUUGCUCUCUGUACUGACAAGAUCUCUCUGCACUGGAGGUUCAGGUUCCUCGUCUGGCUUUUGAAAGUCAAGAUGUAUCUUAUCUAGCUUGCCUUGCGUACAUUUCUCAGAUUGUAGGGAAGUGCAAAGACAUCUCUCCUCCAGUUGAAUAAUAUGAAAACAAACUUAACACAGAAACGUUUGUCGUCAGUUUAGAAAAUAAGGGCAUUUUAGGGGACAUAAAAUAAGUAAAUCAUAUUUUUUUUAAUGGAGGAAAUCUUUAAGACCAAACGUCACCAAUAUUGGCAGAUGAGUUGCAUAAUCCACCCUUCAAAUCUCUGCUCAUUUGGCCUUCUGUUCUAAAAAUAUCAAACUUAUUACACGUUUUUUUUUAAGAAGAAGAAGAACUCGAGUACUUCGGGCUGGAUCCAUAAUUGCUUCAGUCUUCAUCGUUCAUAAAUCAAAAUUGGCCACUAGGGGGUACUAUAAACGUUUAUAUCUCCUAAUAAAAGCUCGGAUUUAUAAUAAAUCCAGUUUGCAUGAUCUAGGAUGAUUGACUUAGUCCAUGCAUAAAAAUCUGUAAUAAUUGAUAAAGUGGGCAAGAUUUAUGACAACAAAUCUAAUCUUGAAAUCUUAACUAAAUUAAUUUACGCUGGGGGAGAGGUUUUAAUCAGCACUUGUGCCAUAUAUGGGUAUUAUGAAUCUACUUUGCUUAAAUCAUUGUAAAUAAAAUAAAAUUUAAAAAAGUAAAUAAAUAAAAAAGCCUUGACUGUCAUACAUUAAUUAAAUGUCAUAAUGCUAAUAAUAAUAAUCACUGAAAGUUUUACUCAUUUUGUUUGACUGUUGCUCAUUUAAAUGACAUGAAUACACAUUACAUCGCUGUUUUUAUUGUGAUAAUAUCAAGCUGUAUGUUUAAUCAUUUUUCCUGCAACUACAUUUUACCAGCUAAAUGUUGAUGCAAACUGAAUAACUCAAGUUUGUUGGGGUUUAAUAAUCAGACUGUGUAAAUAUAAAUGAAAUAAAUAAUAAUAAAAAAGCAUCAAUUUGAA